AUGACUGGCGACCACCAGGUUUGGCCAAGGGAUCAUCAUUUGUCGCCAAAACUGGAGGACGCUCUUGCUGCCAUGCUUGGCGAUCUUAAUUUAGAGCAUGCAUUUUUGGAAACUAACGAUGAUUUUGGAAAUUUUAUCGAUAAAUUUUUCUCUUUUGCCGCUACUUCCUUUCGAACUUGCAAGGCUUUGGUAGGGGCCCUACAUGGAGUUUCUAAUUUUAGGAAUAAUGAACGUCCUAAAGUUCAUGCCAUGUCAAUUCAUCUUUUAGUUUUGCUAAUUUGCCAAGAUAAGAUGUCCAGUCUUUCUGAAAAGUCUUUGAAACUUUUCUAUCAAAACAUGCACUUGAUCGCCGUAAUCUUGUUCCAUUUGGUAAGGCUAGGUGGCUGCAAUAUGAAAACACGUCGGCUUUGCAACGCUCUUUUUAAGAACCUCAUAGCUGGACUCAAAAAUUCAUCCUCUAUUAGAUGUUCCUUUUUAAUGCAGAAAGAUCUUAUUUCAGAACUGAGAGCAAAUCCCCUAUUAUCUCAAGACUCGUUCGUAUUGGGACCUUUCAUUUGCAUUUUCAUGUCAUCUUUUGAAGAAAUUUCGUUUGCCAAUUCAGCGCUUACUUAUGUGUGUGAACAAAUAUUUUCAUCCUCACCAGGAACUACAUUUAGCGCCGUUUUGCAGCUUUUAGUGGAUUCAUUUUCUUCAAAAAAUUAUCAUCAUGUAUUUUUUGAAACAUUCUUGAAGCUCUUUUCACGACAGGUUUUAAGAAAUCUUCAAAAUACUCUGCUAAAUACUCGUGUGGUCGUAGAAAAGAUGUGCUCUUCCCCGGUUCCUGUGAAUUUUGAAAAGGUUUGGAAUCAGGGCCUUAGGGAGGGUGUUAUUUCAGGGUUGAAGUCUACACUGUCAUCUGCGAGAAUCGAAUCUGCCAAAAUUAUCCGCAUUUUACUAGAAAAGACUGAAAGUGUCGACAUCGUUUGCGACGUGGUCGCCUUUAUCAUUUCAUCGGGCCUUUCAAUAGAUGUCCGGCUUUCAGCAUUGCAAGCUUUUCAUUUGCGUGAUACCGUUACACAAAAGUUCAAGCAUGCGCUGGUCGAAAUGCUGAUAACGCAACUAAUCUUCCCUGUAAAGACCUCUGUAAGCUCACCUACCAAAGGUGUAGGGGAGAUCAAAAUCCCCGAUAAUGUCUUAUUUUCGGUGCUUUCAAUAAUUGUUUCUCAGCUUGCAGAUGAUUCCUGCUUUCCUGAUUCUCUGCUAGCGCUAGUUCAAAGUAAAAAUGAAAUUGUCCUUGCUUCUCUGGCAUCGUGGAUUUCUCUUGGAUUUUUUUCAACCAAUAGAGACUCUCCAGAUCUUCCUCCCUUUUCAAUGCAAUCAAAUCUGGCUAUUUGGCAGGUGAUGACAAGAUCAAUUCUAUUGGAAGGUAGCGCUCAGGUUUACACAUCUCCAGUUUUCAAAUCUGAUUUUGUAAAGUCAUUUUCAGAAUGGGCUUUGCGAUUACCGCCAGGAAAUAUAAUUCCCAGUCUCCUUCUUUUUGGAUUUGUAUCGGAAAUUUUUAAACAGGAGCCCAUUUCCUUGCAUUCGACUUCAAUUUUGCAGCGCCUCUUUCCGGUUGCAAUUUCGUAUGCCAUCGCAUUUAACGAUCCCGAAAGAGCGGGAAAGAUCCUUGCCGUCCAUGUUGCGGAUCGUUCUUCUUUUAUAGAGCUUCUUUUUUCGUGUAAAAUCUUCCAUCACCAAGGAUUUACCUUGAAAGAGCCUCAGCAAAAUGACUCCUCAAUGUCGGCAUUUAAUUGGACAUUAUCGGUGGCAAGGUUUUUUUCUGGCUUGGUGGCUGUAAAUCAAGAGUUGCUUGAUCCGAUUUUGGAACAUUCAUUUGUGUCUUUGGCCCCAUAUGGAUAUCCAAAUAUUUGGAGUUUUCUCUAUAAGUAUCUGGUAGAGGGACCUUCAUCUUCCUCUAUUAAUUCGUGGUUGGGUCAGAGAUCUUCUCUUCUGUUGAAAUGCAUCGAAUUCUGCAAGGAAGACCACAAGAACUUUGUGUGCCUCUUGAAAUUUAUCUUUGCUAAUCUUAAUGCAAAAGACAUUUUGUUGAAGAUUGGCCACCUACUUUUGCUUGAGCUCCCCUUUGCUGAUUCGCAUCGAAUAUUUAAAUUAUUUCUCUCAAGCUCUUCUGUUUUACAGGAAAUCACAGAGUUGUAUUACUUGUUUGGGUGCAGAAUUAUCAAAACAAAUGAUCCUCUGCUAAUAGCUGAAUACUUUCCGCAUUCCCUUUCCGGAGAAUAUAAAAACCUCUCAACGUUGCCAGCUUUGUUGCUGAAAAAGAUGAAUGAACAUUCUUCUACGCUGAUAAUCAGAGAGUUGAUAGCUGGUGUUCUACUUUCAGCAGCCUUUCUUAACAAUCAUGACCAUGAUGCUCAUAUUGCGUUUAAUGAUCAAGAUCCCGAGCCUCUUUUAAAUGAAGAAAUAGAAGAUACCUCUCUUGAUGUCAUUCGGAUCUUUGAAGUGAUUCGUGGUAUUCAACUGGUCCUUCAUGCCCAAACACUCAAUACGCAAGUCUAUUCAUCAUCAAAUGAGGCUGCUUUAAUCAUCCCUACUCAGGUAAUCAUUAAGCUUUUGAGACUUGUUUUGCAUAAACCCUCUCCUUUGUUAUUGACUGAUCACUAUUCAGCCCUUGGGGCAAUGGAGGAUUUGUUUUCAGAUAACAUGCCUCUGCUUCGUUCAAAGGACCAACAACUUGUGACUUUCAUUGAAUCUAUGGCUCUUUCAUAUCUUGCGUCUUCAUCGAGACUUUCUGCACUUAUACUUUUGCAUGUUUUGACGGGCCUCGUACCGCAGUAUCGUGCAUCGGAAAAUUACCAUUCAGAGCGCAUCACACUGCUCAUUUAUUGUUGUAUCUUUGAGAAUGCAGAGGAUUUUCCGGAAGACCAAGAGAACGACGAAUCCAAGAUAGACAAUAUUUUUCUUUCAUCAAGAAUUUGUUCCAUUGCAACGACUCUUUUCACUGCAUUUGAUGUUGGUAAGGAGAAUUUUUGCAGACCCUUGUUGGAAAUUUGGCGGCUAUAUCAUGAGCAGGAUGGAACGAAUGUUGCCGGUGAAAGAACCCUAUACACUCCAUUUGUCGAGUGGAAUGUCGCUAAAGCUCUUUCUACGCAGCUUAUUAAAUGCUCCAUGACUAACACUCAUGUUGCAGAAGAAGAGGAUCCGCUUCUGAUCAUCGAAUAUGUUUCCAAAUCCUAUUUCCGAUUUCUUGAUGAAUUGAUAAGUGCACCCGGUCACUUGAGGCAUCGUCAGGAGACCCUUCUGCUCAGGGACUUGAAACCUCGAAAAGAUCUUUGUUCUUUGCUUGAUGCAUUUUGGGGCGCAAUCUCUGAUCAGCUGGUUUCAUCCAAUUCGAUCGAUAUUGACGGCGAGUCCAUGACGCGCUGCAUCUCUGUUCUGCUACACCGUUUCUACGAAUUCAUUUGCAAGGGGCCCCUGUGUUGGGACCCAAGUUUGGAGAUCAGGGAGAAAUUUUCUCAGCUUGCUUGCUGGAUAACACAUCAAGUUGCCUCUAGCCAGCCACUUCAUGUCUGUGAAUCAAUUCAGAGCCUUUUCGAGAGCAUAAUUAAAUCGGAAGAUUUUACGUCAUUCCCGAAGGCAUCCCAUGAAGAGAUGAAAACCUAUGUCUGCUCUUGGCUCCCUCUUCUUAAUCCAAUACAAGACAAUUCGAUAUGGGCUCACAAUGCUAAAAUUGCAUGUGAGAUCCUUGGUUCACCGGCCAACUUGAUAAGUAAGCCUCUUUUAACGGAAGCUGGAAAGCUCCUUACAAAAGUCCCUUUAUCGAUUGAGCUUUUUUUUGGUUCCUAUCAUGAUCAACCCGUAAGCGAUGGAUCGUUCAUGUCACCGGCCAAAACAUCUUCCUUGACACGAUCUAGCUGCCCUACGCCGCUUUCAGCAUAUGCUUUAGGUGUCAUUAAGGUAGUUCAAAUGGAAAGAGGAACCAUAUCGAUGUUUUCUAUUGACGAUAGCCUUUCACCGGCAGAGCAUCUGUCUCUCUUUGAUGCUGUCCUUUCAAUGAGGGGUAACCAAAGCGGGGAUGGACCCUGGGGCCAUCUCUUUCUCUCAAAUCUCACGAGUCUUUAUGAAAUUGCUUCCAAGGCCAGUGGUACCAAGUUGGCGGAAAACGAAGAGAUCAUUCUUGGGUGGGCAAAAGCCGCAGAAAGAAACCACCUUCUGUUCCAAGGGCGUUUCAUUGAUGCGUUGAUCACAAUGAUAUCUUCUGAAGACGAUGAAAGCUGGAAAUCUAAAAUACUGGCCGUUCGUUCGCUUUCCAUGAUGAUUUCUUGCGCCGCAAUGGAAGGAAGAAUCGGAGCUGUUAUUGAAGCCGUGGCCAGGCGCAACAUUCUCUUUAGUUCGCAUCGCACUCUUCAGCAGACAGCUAUUUGCUUUUUGGAAUCGCUUUCAGCACCGAAAACUGCUUCUCAAACCCCUCCUUCGGCGGUCUUGGUUGCGACGGCCACAGAGAUUGUUUACGCAAUUGUUGAUGCCCCUUCGCAUUUAUCUCGUACCAUCGGUGGGCUUUUUGGACGCGUCUUUUGGGAACCGCUGCCUAGAGCCACCACCCUUUUAUUGGUGCUGAUGCUGCGUUCUGCCCUCGGACCCGCCAGCCAUGGCCUAUUGAAUGCGGACGGCCGUCGCAAGGCCGCUCUAUUUUCAUCGCUGCUGCCGAUGGUUACUACGACCCAGAUAGACCUUUUAUUUAUCACCUCAAUGCUUACUCCAUAUCUCUUGAAAAUGGCGGAGGGCGAUCCUAUCGCAGCAAAUCGCCUGACAGCAUCGCGCGCUCUUGCCUCCAUCGUUACAGCUAUGGAUCAAGACGGAAUUCUUUCUGGUACCUUUCAUGAGAAAAUCCAUAGCCGGUUUCUUCAAUCGAAUUCGGACAAUGCUUCAAGUGAUGACAUCGAUGAUAACUGCCUCAAUCAUCCUCAAAAUUGCAAGUUGCCUGCCGACAACCUUCACUUGGAGUGUCAACUUUGGGCAGAAAUCAAAUCGGGGACAUCUCAAUUGAAAGGGGGACACUCUGCUGCUCUUCCCCUUUCGUGGAUAUUGUUAACCCGUGGCUGGAGCCGCUUCAAUUGUCUCGAACUUGUCAAAGAUCGUCUCCAUACGCUUUGGCUUCCGCUUAUUCUUCAAAACGAGCUUGGAGCCGCCCUGCUUCUGGAAAACAUCGUGCAAACAUUUGGCCUUUUUUUCGUUCCUUUUUUACGAGAAACUAUUGACUUUGUAUUUUCAAAUAGUCGCAUCGGUCAGGAUGAUGGUAAAGAGCGCGGGUUGGAAAGGCUCCUUCAUGCGAUAGUAGAUGCAUAUACACACUAUAACUGGAUUACCAUUUAUCCCCAUCAAAACAAGCUCGCCAUCUCUGAGACAAUGCCAGAUGCUUCAGCUACUUUAAUUGAAGCCCAGGUUUCUGAUAUCGAUUCCCCGCCCAUUUAUGAUGGCCGUUUUUCGCCUCUCAUGUGUUAUGUUCCCGGUAUUCUUCUUGGGGCACUUGCGCGAAAGAUGGCCGAAGCCCCUCCUGGGCUUCCUCAGUUAUUAGCUCUCGAUGCGCUUACUCGCUGGGCAGAACUUAGAUCUGCCCCAUCCGCUUCGUCAAUUUUGGAGAUGAAAUACGCUCACUCCAUGGGUGCUAUUCUUCGGCAAGCUUUAUCUUGUCAAGAUCCCGGAGUUUCUACAUCAUCCUAUUCGGACUCCACUUCUCCUGUACAGGGGCUCUCGACAUCGCCAACCAUGUGUGCUAGUUUGAAACUUGAGUGUUCAUCUAACUUGGAUAUAGUCUCAUAUGAACACUUUCUUGCUGAACUUUAUUGCAUCAGGCUUGUUCCGCAUAUUUCAAAUAACAUACGCUCACAGUCUCUUACGCUUUGGAAAGUUCUUGUCGAACAUUCGCCUAGAACUAUUUUUCAAAUUUUGGGCGAUAUUUUCAGAUGCUUGGCCAAGGGGCAUCUUCUUUUCUUUCCACCAACCGAAAACGUUGAGAAAGAGGACAAGCUUGUUGAGUCCCGUAGUCAAGAACCAGAAUCAAAAGCUAUGGCCGAGCUUUUUUCCAAAUUUGGCGACAAAUUCAUUGAGCAAAGGUCGCAAGAUGCCCUGGAUCGCUGUCUUCAAGGUACUCCCAACCGUGGUCAAGGUGCCGUUAUAGGCAUGCUGGUCCUCCAUGUGCCCAUGCUUUCCCAAUCUUUCAAUACGACGAUUCGCGACUAUGCACAACGACACAAGAAAGGUGUUCCUGUAUCCCAAUCUCCUCUCGGGCCGGUGUUGAAAAUUUUCAAAAGCUUUGACGAUUGUGUUGAUUCCUAUCUUCCAUUUCUCUCCUCUUUAUUACAACUUACGUUGAAAAAGGACGUCAUCAUAUUACUUCGUUGGCUGCUCAAUGCUGUUCUUCCUCCGUUUCCUAAGCAAACGAGCGACCCCAUGAUGGGGAAAAGCUUGCUGAAAACAUCCACUCUUCUGGUACAAGCAUUUCAUAAACUCCUCCCAGUAAGUACACACGUGGAAAUCCUUACCACUUUGCUUGAUUGGGCGGUUUCCAUGACCCAGGAAAUUGCUACCGCAGAUAACAUGAUCGUUUUGAUUGAAGUUUCAUUUGAGCUUUUAGAAAUAUUCAAAGUUCCAGAGCCAUUUGUGGAGAGCCUUCCAUUUGUUUUACUUCUUGCUUCUGCUAAUGUUCGCUUGGAUGUUGACGAUGCUGUUGUUGAGCAGUUUGUAAGGUCUCUACUUGGUGUUUCUCCGUCAAUUCAUUUUUCAAAAUUACUGGCAUCUUGUGGAUGUGUUCAAUGUGGCUGCAGUACGGCCAGUCACUUCUUAAACAAAAUUAUAUUGCAUCACAAUUGUGAGGAGCUGAGCUCACUGCUGCCGUUAAUUUUGCGUGUCUUGGUGCAGGAACCUGAUGUCGCUAUGACUGUCAUGCCGGAGUUGUUUGGAAAACUUUUCUCAAUCUUCCUUUCGAAGGAAGGAUAUGCCGUAAAUAACAAGGGCGCCUCUUCGCCUUCCUUAACCGCUUCGCUUCUUCUUUUAACUAAAGAAAACCGCACAUAUUGUGAGUGCCUCAGUUGUUUCGACGAUGAUAUUUCUACGCUUGAGAUUGGCCCCUGCGUUAGAGGCCCGCCAGCGGCAGCCCGUAGGAUUUUGGAGUGCUCCACGCUGAUGGGCGAAAACAUGGAUGUAGAAGCGGCAGAUGCUGCCAUCAAGAUAUAUGUGGGAGCUCUUGUUUCACCAGGAUCUGGAGAGGAUGAUAGGCUUUUGUGCGUCAAAGGUCUCCAGCGUUUAUUGAAUGCUGCUGGCGGCAUCGACCGUUUAGCUGCAACUCCCAAUUCAAAGGUGCCAAACUCCGGGGUAUCCCACUCAUCGCCGCUGCUAAGCAUUGCAGGCCCGUUGAUCCGCUUGCUUGGGGAGCGCUUGUCGCCUAUAUUAGCCGUUGCGCUUCUUGAUCUGCUGGUGGAAGAUAUUUUGAUGGUUCUACCAGUUACCAUUCCUGCAAUGCGCGUCUUUGGGCCUCAGCUCUUCCGAUGCCUCUCCAAAUGGCUCCUCAACGCCUUGCCUGCUCAAUCUCCCCCUGCGCUUUUCAAUGAAACGGAGGUCAAAAUUGUGCAACUCGCAAGCAAGGGUCUAUUGCUGGCAGCAUCCAUGGUGCCAAUUGCUAUGCGAGCACCUCUUUCCACCGAGCUUGCCGGUCGUGGAUACGUUCACCAUCAAGAUCCAAGCACUAAUUUGAGGAAAAUACUUGAUGAGCGUCCUAAAAAAAGUGCCGGUUUAUAUGAAACUGGUGACGCUGAUCAAGGCGAGGUUUCCGCAGCCGUAGGUCGCCUACUAGCGGCACUCGAAGCGGAUGUCGCUAAUAAAUAA